AUGUCGAACAGGAGCCCUUUAUUUAACAUACCUCCCAGUGGCAGCAAUGGCAAACAGCCGCCGCUGCUUCUGAUACCUUCCCCGGUUUCUAUGAACCCCAAGGAGUUACCCCAGGGCCACCAGCACGGUGAGGCUCCGUUGCCGAAUAUACCGACCAAGAAGCUGGGGCCUCGUCGGAAGCCGCCCCCUAUCGAUUUUUCCAAGAUCGACGGCUCCCACUCCUUCAGCCCUCUGAGUGACUCACCAGAUCACCACGGGUUGCCAUCGAGCAUCACCACCAACGUCAACCUGACAGCUCGGAUCAGCGAGGCUGUCAAGAACCACACAAAUCAACAGCGUAUUCCUCAGAACCAACAACCGCAUGGCCUCCAGAGGCCGAAGUCAAAAAACAUAGACGAUCUCACGCCAGAGGACUGGAACCGUUUGGCCAACACGCAGCAGAUCACAGAACUCGCUAAGCUUGGCGAGGGUAACGGCGGAAGCGUCUCCAAAUGCCUGCUUCGAGGCGGGAGCCCGCUUUUUGCCCUCAAACUCAUCAAUGCCGAUCCAAAUCCGGAUGUGCAGAAACAGAUUAUCCGAGAGCUCCAAUACAAUAGACUGUGCUCAUCGCCUAACAUCGUCAAAUACUACGGUACUUUCAUGGUAGAGGAGCAGCUGAUGAUUGGCAUUGCAAUGGAGUAUAUGGGUGGUCGGUCGUUGGACGCCAUUUACCGCCGAGUCAUCGAGAUAGAUCUGCUGAACCGCAUCAACGAGAAAGUUUUGGGAAAAAUCGCCGAAUCCGUGCUCAGCGGCCUUAAUUAUUUACACAAACAGCGCAUCAUCCACCGUGACAUCAAGCCGCUGAAUAUCCUCCUCGACAAGCAUGGCAACGUGAAGAUCUGUGAUUUCGGCGUGUCUGGCGAGGUGGUCAACUCCCUCGCAAACACCUUUGUGGGAACGCAAUACUACAUGGCGCCAGAAAGAAUCAUGGGAAAGCCAUACACGGUCUCAUGCGACGUCUGGUCGCUCGGACUCACCCUCUUGGAAGUAGCGCUGGGCCGCUUUCCUUACCAUAUCGAGAGCGAGUCGUCUCUUGGACCCAUCGAGCUCCUUUCGUUGAUAUUGGAGUACGAACCGCAUUUAGAGGAUGUUGUGGAGGAGGAGAUUUUCUGGUCGGACUCCUUCAAGAACUUCAUAGACUACUGUCUCCGGAAAGACCCUGAGCAGCGACCAUCGCCUCUGCAGAUGCUCAAGCAUCCUUGGGUGGUGGGACAGCUGCAGAUCAAGGUGAAUAUGGAUAGGAACUUUCCUCAUUACCAGAACCAACUGAACCUAUCACUUAGAAACAUGCCAGUUCCUUUUGAAGGCUUGUUGCCAUACGCCAUCAUGACGGCGUUCUUUGGCUUGGCCGGCCACGGUGUCGGUUUCAUUAGAUACUGGGACAACGGUUGGAAAAACGACCGUUGGGACUUGGAUGCCUGGGACGAGAAAAUGAUGUCCAGAGACUUUCUUUUAACGGGAACAAAGCGAGGCCAGACCAGUGAUGCUAUUGCUCCAGAACACUUCAAGACUUCCCACAUCAUUGAGCAGACCUACUGGACCCCAUACAAGGACCAGUUCUUCACUUUCAGAGAGAGAAUGUACAGAGGUUACGUCUCUGGUUCGUGGGACUUCAGUUAA